UCUUCCUGGUGUGAUGGAUGUGGGACUGAAUGACUGCACACUUCAAGACAACAGUCUGUUGUUUGGCUAGUUGGAAGGAGCGUACUUACGCGUGUGCACUCACCAGCUAGAGUGGUUUGUGAUGCUAACGGGCUAAUGUUAUCGUGAGGCGGUGCUGCUGUCAUGUCUUCCCACACCAGCGCUGCUGGAGGCAUUCAGGGUCUUCUUCUGAAACUUCACGAAUCACUCGCGGACGAAGACAGCCGAGCUGCAGCCUUGAAAUGUCACGAUAUCAUCGAUAAUUUGGGACAUGAGUGCAUGCUUACGUCCACCGAGAAUGAACUUGCUUUACAGACUUCCCUGCUGUUCUCCAAAGACAGUGGGCUGCUCAUCUUCCUCAGGAAGUCUCUGGGAAUGGAUGAACUGCGUGAUACGCGGGUUGAGAUCAUAUGUUUCCUGGAGAAGUUUCUGGAGAAAGUCUCACCACGAGUCAAAGGUUGGGAAAAGACCUACGCCACAGACAUAAGAGACUUGUGCAUGACUGUGUACACAAAGGACAAACUAGCCAAAAGUAGGACUUCAGUGUUGGAGCUCCUGAUUAAGGUCCUUCAGACAACGAAGGCUUCCAGUGUCGCUGCUGACUUCAGAAUCGGUGAAAUAUUCAACAGAUAUUACAGCGAGCUGUGUCACAAGAGCAAAUUACCAGAUUCAGUUCUUGGUAAAAUCUACGAGUUGCUGGGAGUUCUCGCCGAGGUUCAUCCCAGUGAGAUGGUCAACAACUCAGACAAACUCUACAAGGCCUACCUGGGAGAGCUGAAAGAGCAGAUGACCUCUUCCACAAAGGAACCCAAGCUUUUUGUAGUUGCUGGAUGUCUGAGAGGAGUCACUGCCCUCAUGGUGAACUUCACUAAAACCAUGGACGAAGACCCAGCGACGUCUAGGGAUAUUUUCCAAUACGCCUUGAAGGCAAUCACUCCCCAGAUGGAAAUGAGUCGCUAUGCUGUCACUUUCGCUGGCCUCAGGUUAAUCGCCAAACAUGCGUCCCAGUUCAGCAGCUGCCUCAUGGACCACUACAGAGCUCUGUUUGAGACCAUGUGUAAGCUCUGCGGGCACAUCAACGGUGAGAUGAAGAAGACGAGUUACUAUGCGCUUGAGGCCUUCCUCAAACAGAUCGCUAUGCUGGUGGCGGAGAACAUCGAGGAGCACAAAAGCAAACUGAAGUUCUUCAUGCACAAGUUCUGCGGCAUCAUUAAAACCAUGGACUCCACAUACAAAGAGCUGUCUAUCGCCAUACGAGGAUACGGAUUCUUUGCGGCACCUUGCAAGAAAGUUUGCCCACAAGAUGUGGACUUGAUGUACACAGAACUGAUUCAGCGCUGUAAGCAGAUGUACCUGACGGAAUCUGACGGGGAGGACGACAGCUUCUACCAGCUGCCCAGCUUCCUGGACUCUAUAGCCAACGUCCUGAUUCACCUGGAUAAGAUCCCAGAGGUGUAUACGCCGCUACUGGAGCGCCUCCUGGUGGUGCAGAUCGACACCUUCCCUCAGUACAGCGAGAGGAUGCAGACCGCCUGCUGCAGGUCCAUCCUCAAGGUGCUGGUGGCCAUGGCCUCCAAAGGACCUGUUCUGUGGAGUUUUAUCAGCUCCGUGGUGCACCAGGGCUUGAUUCGUGUCUGUUCAAAACCCAUCGUGCUCUCUGAGGACACUGGAGCCUCUGACUCUCCCCAAGUUCGUACUGGAAAGUGGAAGGUUCCUUCUAGUCAGGACUACCUCAUCCUGUAUAAGGAGCUUUUAGACUGUGAUCGGUUGAAGGAUUCAGGAUUUUUAGAUGGCGCUUUUGAAAGUCAGAAUGCUGCUCUUGGGUCUUUGAGCCGCCUUCUGUAUGAUGAGUUGGUGAAAUCAAUUCUUCGCAUCGUGGAAAAGCUGGACUUGUCCGUCCAGAAAGUGUCAACAGGAGAGGAGGCUCCUGAUGAUGCUUCCCACGUCCUGCCCUCCUCCGACCCCACGGCUCAUCUGCUGCCCAAUAAAAUCAAAGACUUUACAGCCUUUAUCAACCUGGUGGACUUCUCCAGUGAGCUGCUGCUGAAUAAACACGUUGAGCAUUUCCAGCCAUGGAUGUAUCCCCUAAGCCACGAGCUCAUCCUCCACUCCAUACGAAAUCCACUCGUCAGUGGCUUUUACAAAUUGCUCUCUGUCACCAUGAGGAUUGCAAAGAGAAUCAAGUACUAUCAGGGAGUUGGUGUCAGGAGCUCUUCAUCCCCUCAGAGCGACACGGUGAAAACUGCUUGUUUUGCACUUUUCUCCAAGUUUGGAAAAGAGGUGUGUGUCAGGAUGAAGCAGUACAAAGAUGAGCUGCUGGCGUCCUGCUUGACGUUCGUCCUCUCGCUGCACCACAACAUUGUAGCUCUGGACGUCAAGGCCUACUGUCCUGCUCUGGAGACGGCUCUGAAGUUAGGUCUUAGCCAUGUUCCUUUGGCCAACACCGCCCUGGAUGCUCUUGAGGACUGGUCCUCCCACCUUUCCUUGGAGACGAUGCAGCCCUGCUACAUGAGCGUCCUUCCUCUCCUGGAUGGAUACCUGAAAACCACCUCCACCGACAACAAAGAUGAGAGCAGCUGGGAGGUGAUGUCGUCUUUGUCUUUAAAAAGUGACAGAGGAUACAGCAGAGUGAUGACGAGGCUCCUGAAGAAAUCCAAACAGCUUGCUAUGGAAGACGCUCCUCUAGUCACGGUUAGGCUCAGGGUGGUGAAGCUGCUCGGCCACCUGGGAGGAAAGCUCAACAGAAACCUUGUCACUGUGGUUUCAUCGGAGGAAAUGAUGAAGAAAUUUGUCGCCUGGGACACUGAGAAGAGGCUGAGCUUUGCCGUGCCGUUCCAAGACAUGAAGCCGCUCAUCUACCUCGACCAGUUUCUGCCUCGCAUCAGUGAGCUGGCUCUGUCCACGAGUAACAGACAGACCAAAGUGGCAGCUUGUGAGCUGCUCCACUGCUUGGUGGUCUACAUGGUUGGGAAGAGCGCUCAGAUGGUUGAAGGGGAGAACAGUUUGCCUCCUAUGUACAAGCUGCACAAAAGACUGUUUCCUGUGCUGCUGCGUCUGGCCUGUGAUGUCGAUCAGGUCACCAGACAGCUGUUUGAACCUCUGGUUAUGCAGCUGAUCCACUGGUUCACAAACAACAAGAAGUUUGAGAGCCAGGAUACGGUAGCUGUUCUAGAGGCCAUUCUGGAUGGUGUGGUUGACCCCAUGGACAGCACUCUCAGAGACUUCUGUGGCCGCUGCAUUGAGGAGUUUGUCAAAUGGUCAAUUAAGCAAACGACCCCCAAACAGCAAGAGAAAAGCCCAACUAACAUGAAGUCCUUGUUUAAGCGUAUCUACAGCUUGGCGCUCCACCCCAACGGCUUCAAGCGGCUUGGUGCUGCCUUGGCUUUCAAUAGUAUCUACAGGCAGUUCAGGGAAGAAAACUCAUUGGUGGAGCAGUUUGUCUUUGAAAUUCUCGUCAUAUUCGUUGAAAGUCUGGCUCUUGCACACGCCGACGAGCGAUCUAUGGGUACAGUGCAGCAGUGUUGCAGUGCCAUUGACCAUCUGAAAAGGAUAAUCACACACAAGGCCCCCAGUCUCAAUGAGCACAAUGCUAAGAGACGCAUCCCGAGAGGCUUUCCACCUGAUGAAAAGCUGUGCCUGUCACAUAUGGUUUCAUGGCUUUUGAAACAGUGUGGCCGGCCGCAGACUGAGUGCCGCCACAAAUGCAUGGAGCUCCUCUAUGAAUUUAUUCCCCUCCUCCCAGGAAAGAAAUCUCCGCCUCAAUGGCUGGAUGGCAUGCUGAAGGAUCAUGGCACAGACUUCCUGAUCUCACGGUUCGAGGGUGGAGGUCUCCACUCCCAGCCCACUCUGAGGCACCUAACGAGCCCUUUCAGUGUCAGAGCCACCCUCCAGUGGAUGGACCUCUUGCUGGCUGUUCUGGACUGCUACAACACCUUCAUCGAGUUACGCAUAAUCAAGCCUCAGUACAUUCUCAGUUCAAAAGACGAAUCCUGCUUUCUAGAAGCUGUGCAUUUCUUUCUGACUGAGCUGGCAACUCAUGAACUGGCAGCAGCAGAAAGCUGCUUCCCUCUUGGUGAGAAGUCUUCUCACUUCAGCCCGGGAGAGGUUGACCAGUACAACUACAGCAAGUGCACCAUCAUUGUUCGCCUGCUAGAGUUUGCCUCAAUGAUUCUCGACAGAGGAGACAAGGAAUUUUGGAAGCUCUUGGAACCGGAAAUUUUCUCUCCAGUCUUUUUCGAAUUGACCGCAACGGUGGUGUGCGAGCCGUCCGCUGUAGGUUUCAACAUGGCAGAUGUGGAGGUAAUGAAGAACCUGCCAAAUGUGUGUGUUCCUCUGCUGAAGGCACUGCUGGCCUCAGUCUACAGCAGCUCUCUGGAAAGCAGCUUGCGGACAAAAAUCUCACGUAGAAGUGUGGAGGAGUUGUGCGCUGUAGACCUCUACCAUUCUAGCAUUCUCGACCGCCACGACCAGAUGGAAAUGGUUCUUUCUUCCUGCAAGCAGAUCCACAAAGCUGGCUUCCUCAGCUCCAUUCUGCACAGCCAGGAUUCAGCCUAUUCCAAAUCCCUGGGUUCCCAGCUUUUGAUGACGGUGUAUAAAGGCAUAGCACCAGGAGAAGAGAGGAAAGCUCUUCCGUCCUUGGACGUAAACACCAGGAGGGUAGCAGACAGUCUUCUUCAGCUUGGCUUUUCUCUCAGUCAGCAGAAUGAACAGCUGGUGGAUUUGCUGUUGAACACCAUCAUGCUGUCUGUGCCCAUAUCUGGAAGUCAUAGCCACAACUUCCUGAGCUUCUCGCAUGGCGAGUACUUCUACAGCCUCUUCCAGACGACCAUCAACACAGAGCUGCUGAGAAGUCUGGACGCCACAGUGCCACGCCUCAUGAAAGCCUCCUCUCAAAAUCCCAGCAUGGUGAGCGUGUUGCUGAACGGCAUGCUGGACCACAGCUUCGGAGAGCGCUCUGUGAGGAAGACUCAGGGGAAACAGCUGGUUGAAGAGGUGCUUAGAAGAUGGACCAGUCUGCGGUCGUGGUGGGAUGAAGAUUCUUCCACUCCAGAGAGUAAAACUGCCACACUCCUGCUGCUCUCCAAGCUCCUACAGAUUGACUCCUCCGUCUGCUCUGACAUCAACCAUGAAGCAUUCAGGCCGGUGUUUUCCACUUUCACUGCGCUGCUGGUUGACAUGAAUCUGCCCCUGAAUCUCAAAAGUCAGGCGUUGUUGGUGUUGCCCUUCUUCACAACCCUCCCAGAGGAGCCGCUGGCUGAGCUGCAGAAAGCCCUCGACGCCCUGGUAGCUUCCCACUUCCCCAUGCAGUCUGAUGAGUUCGCUAAGGGCUCCCUCCACCGCAACAACUACAUGGACUGUGUCCGGAAGUUGCUGGACGCCCUGGAGCUUUCUCAGAGUCCGCUCCUGCUCAAACUGCUGGCGAGGAUCCUGUGUCGAGACAAAAAGCACAUAAUGGAGGAGCAGUUCCAAACCUGUUUCCAAAAGAUUGCCAGGCGGGCAAACUGUGAGCGGCAGCUGCAGCUACUGUGUGCGGUAUACGGGGUGAUACAGCAAGGCGACGUACCGGCGAGCUUCAUGCUUCAGGCCAUGAUGGAGAGGGUCCUGCUGCCUUUGGCCACACACUGCAGCCCCAAAGCCCUGAGCAACUUCUUCGUGUCAAACGUGUUUGACAUCAUUUCCCUCCUGCUCGGUCGCUUCACCAAGUCAAGUGAAACGACAUUUGAGGUCCAGUUGCUGAAGAAGAGCGGCUGCUACAAGCUAAUGGAGCUCCUGUAUUCACGGCUUCCCAAAGAAGAGGUUUACUCCAAGGAGUCCCGCAUUAACCAAGCCUACUGUCGAUCCGACAGAACGGAGGGAAACGAGUUGUCCAAGACCUUGAUCAAAUCCUGUUUCGAGGCCUUCACUGAGAACAUGGCCGGUGAGACUCAGCUCCUUGAACUCAGGAGACAGUAUCACUGUGCCGCUUACAACUGUGCCAUCGCCGUCAUCGGCCGCAGCUUCAAUGAGCCCAAAUUCUACAACGGCUUCCUCUUCAGUGAGAAACCAGAGAAGAAUCAGGUCAUUCUUGAAAACAUCAUCAACGUCGAAAGGAAAUACAACUUUCCGAUUGAAGUUGAGGUCCCGCUUGAGAGAAAGAAGAAAUACAUCAUGAUCCGAAAAGAAGUGAGCGAGGAGAAUGGAGUUUCCACAGAAGCGCCGGUGUAUCUCUCCUCCCAGUCUUACAUGGCCGACAGCAGCCUGAGUGAGGAGAUGAGCCAGUUUGACUUCUCAACAGGAGUACAAAGCUUUUCCUUCGGCUCCCAGAACCCAGAAGGAAAAAAACGCUCUGUUGCAAAAAAGGAGUCCGAGGACACUGCUCCCUCCCAGGAUGCAAUGUUUGAUCUGGAAAUGGACGAGCUCAACCAACACGAAUGCAUGGCAACGAUGACCGCUCUGAUUGGACACAUGCAGAGGAACAACAUAACACCCAGAGUUGAACAGGGAAAUGUUCCUAGUGAUCUCCCUCCGUGGAUGAAAUUUCUACACGGAAAACUGGCGAAUCCAGCGACUCCUCUGAACAUCAGACUCUUCAUCUCGAAGCUGAUCAUCAACACAGAGGAGGUUUUUCGGCCGUACGCCAAACACUGGCUUGGGCCGCUCCUGCAGCUCGUUGUCUCUGGAAACAAUGGAGGAGACGGGAUCCAUUUUAUGGUGGUGGACGUUGUGGUCACGGUGCUUUCUUGGACAAGCCUGGCCAGUCCCAAAGGGAAUCCCAGAGAUGAAGUCCUUGCCAACCGGCUGUUGGAGUUUCUGAUGAAGCACAGCUUUCACUCCAAAAAACCUGUAUUUCGUCACAACCUGGAGAUCAUUCGCACUCUGGUUGAGUGCUGGAAAGACUGUCUGCACGUUCCUUACAGUGUGAUAUACGAUCAGUUUCGUGGCACCGACCCGAACAGCAAAGACAACUCUGUUGGACUUCAGCUGCUGGGAAUCAUCCUCGCCAACAACCUCCCUGCUUACGAUGCCUCAUGUGGAAUUGAAUACGACAGAUACAUCCAGUCUCUCACCAACAACCUGUCCUUCGUAAGGUAUAAAGAAGUCUACUCAGCCGCUGCUGAGAUUGUCGGCCUCGUCCUGAAGAGUAUGACUGAAGUGGACAAUCAACACCAGGAACUUCUCAGUCUUGCUGCAACUAAGAUAACAAAUCUGAAGAAAAAAGAAAUGGAUGACAAAUUCAUAAUUUGCUUGAACAAAGUAUCAAAACACUUCCCUCCAUUCAUGGAUCGGUUCGUCAAUUACGUGUUCUUCCUCCUGCCGAAGCUGCACGGCGUCCUGAAGACUCACUGCUUGGAGUGUGUGCUGAGUCGAGCUGAUGUCAUUCCAGACGUCUUUCUGCAGCUGAAGGUCGCAGGAUUCAUUCAGAUGGUUGGUCACAGGGAUGAAGCGAGGCAGCGAGUGUGUCUGGACAUCAUCCACAAGGUUAUUGCCCGUCUGUCUCCUACCGAGCUUCAGGAGCUCCUGGGAACUGUGACAGCUUUUGUCUCACACCCUUCACCAGUUUGCAGAGAGAGGAUGUACGACAUCCUCAUGUGGAUCCAGGACAACUAUAGUGAUGAGGAGAGCAUGAAAGACAACACUUCACUAGAGAUUUUCAAUGCUGCCAAAGAAACUCUGCUUCAGGGAUUGUCAGAAGAAAACCAAGGACUUCAGCUUUACGUUCGGAACUUCUGGAGUCAGGAGAAGCGCCUUCCCGCUGCCACACUUCAGCGAAUGUUGAUGGUGCUUCGCUCCCUGUACUCUUGUAAAAUAGAAAGGUGCUUUUUGAGCCUGGCUACAAAUCUGCUGCUUGAAAUGACCAGCCAGAGUCCUGACUUCACUCGAAACAUGUUUGAGUAUCCUCUGUCAGAGUGCACCUUCCAGGACUACGUGAUCGACUCCAACUGGCGCUUCAGGAACACAGUAAUGACGCCCAUGUUUGUUGAAACCCAAAGCUCCCAAGUAGCAGAGAGUGUGGCGGCAUCCCAGUCCGGAGCCAUGAAGGGGAAGCUCAGAGCCACUCAGACUUCAUUAGAGUUCAGCCAAACCCAAGCAGCAGGUCGACGUACGGCAUAUAACUGGCUGACGGGCAGCAGCGUGGAUACACUAGCAGAGUACACGCUUGGGUCGGAGUCUCUGUCUUCACUGAUGGUGUUUGAUAAGAAAGCAGAGAGGCAAACUGCAAGGAGGCCGGUAGGAGAAGGGUUCGGACUGAGGCGUCUGACUGCGUCAUCGGACGAGGUGGACAGUCGCACUAGAGCAGAAAAUGAGCGACGUAACAGCAUCCUAAGAUUGAGACGCAGGUUUCUCAAGGAUCAGGAGAAAGUCAGCUUGGGUUACGCACAAAAGGAGAUCCAACAUCAAAGGCAGAGAAAGGAAGAAAAAGCGGAUCAGAGGUUGCGUAAAGAAGCCCAGGUGACUCUGUAUCGUAACUACAGAGUGGGAGACUUUCCAGACAUCCAGAUCCCGUACAGUAGCCUCAUCGCCCCCCUCCAAGCCCUGGCUCAGAGCGACCCCAUUUUAGCCAAACAGCUGUUCAGCUCCCUCUUUUCUGGAAUCCUCCAAGAAAUGGAAAAACAACACAGACCAGAUGAGAGUGCGAGUAUCAAGGAGGAGCUAAGGUGCAACCUGAACAGAUUCCUGAGCCAGAGUACACUCUGCUUCCCUCCGUUUAUAGCAUGUGUGCAGGACAUGUGCUACCAGCAUAAGGACCUACAGCAGAUCAAUCCAGCGGACAUCAGCUCCACUUGCCUUAUGAGUCUCCAGCAGCCGUCUGGAAUCCUGUUGCUGGAAGAGGGCUUGCUGCAUGGUAGUGUCCCGAGUGAACGUCCGGCUAAAAGGUCACGAGGACGCAAAGAAAUCCCCCCAGACACAAACAAAUGGAUCCACCUUGCAAGACUGUACAGGUCACUGGAGGAUUACGAUGUUGUGCGUGGCAUCUUUGGUGGUAAAGUUGGCACCAAGUCAAUCACCUGUGCUGCCCUUCAAGCUGAAGCCAACACUGAUUUUGCUGAAGCUGUGAAGCUUUACAACGAGGCUCUAAACACAGAGGACUGGCCUGACGGGGAACCUACCGACUCUGAGAAAGACUUCUGGGAAAUAGCUGCUAUGGAGGCCUACAGUCAUCUGACCGAAUGGAAGUCUCUUCUGUACUGUUCCACUGUGAACAUAGAUGAAAACUCACCACCCAACCUGGACAACAUGUGGUCCGACCCUGUCUACCAGGACAUGUACCUGCAGCACAUGAUCCGUAGCAUGCUGAAGCAGCUGCAGCUGGGCGAGCGCGACCAAACUCUCCUCAGCUUCAUCGACAAAGCCAUGAAGGUGGAGGAGCGCAAAAAACUGCUGGAAAGUCAUUACAGCCAGGAACUCAGCUUGCUCUACAUCCUGCAGGAAGACUACGACCGCGCCAAAUACUACACCAGCCACGCCAUGCAGCUCUUUAUGGAGAGUUACUCCAGUGUGGACACACUGCUGACUCAAAGUCGACUGACCAUUCUGCAGUCAGUUCAGUCCUUGACGGAGAUCCAGGACUUCUUGACGUUCAUUAAAGGAGAAGUGUCUGUGAGCUCUCUUAAGCGCCUCAUCAGAUUAUGGACUGAACGGUAUCCCGAUGCCAAAGUGGAUCCAGUGAACGUAUGGGACGACAUUGUUACGUCCCGGUGUUUCUUUUUGGACAAGAUCGUGGAGAAGCUGAGAGGUCACGCUCCCAGUGACAGCAUGGAAGUGGAUGGUUCAGAAGACCCAGCCGGGGGCAUUGAGACAUUAGUGAACACCUGCAAGUUCGACAUGAAGCUACACAUGGCCGAUAGCGCAAGGGAGCAGAAUAACUUCCCGGUCGCCACCAAGCUGCUGAAGGAGCUUCACAAAGAGGCCAAAACCAACAGAGGCCGGUUGCUGCGAUGGGUCCACAGUUUUAGCCGCUACAACCAUAAACGCAGCCAGACUCAGGGUCCUGUGGAGCAGAUCACUGUCAUCCUGAAGACUGUCCCACUCCUGGAGGACCUUCAGGAUGACUGUCAGAGUGCGCCGGCCAAGGUUUUCAGAUGCCAGAAGAUACUCCAGGGUACGUCUUUCCACAUGUUGGCCACAGCCGUAAGCAAGAGCCCCUCAGUCCUGGGAACAAUUGAUGUUGAUAAAGCAAAGAGAGUUGUUGAGCUUUCUGGAGUUCCCUGGCCCUGCAGCAAUCCAAAGAAAGCGGAAGAAGGGCUGCAGUUGCAAGCGCUGAAGUUGUUGUGUGAAGCAACCAGAAAGGCCGAUGAGGAGCUUCAGUCUUAUUCUCAGGACUAUGUGGAGACAGACAGCAUUGUAGAGACGUACAUGGCUUUGGCUAACUUCUGUGACAAACUGCUAAGACAGGAGGAGCAGAGUGAUACAGAAAGCCAGUUUCCAGACCUUCUGGCUCUGCCUGUUCAUGUCGUGGAGAGCAUGCUAAAAGCGCUGAAGAUAAACUCGGAGGAGGCUCGUCUCAAGUUCCCACGUCUGCUACAGAUCAUUGAGUUGUACCCGUCUGAGACACUAGACCUCAUGACGAAGGAGAUGAUGUCAGUUCCCUGCUGGAUGCUGAUUAGCUGGAUGAGUCAAAUGGUUGCUCUGUUGGAUAAGCCGGAAGCAGUGGCAGUGCAGCACUGCGUUGAGCAGAUAGCACAGUGCUAUCCCCAGGCUCUGGUUUACGCUCUCAUGAUCAGCAGCGAGAGUUACCAGUUUGAGGACUCGGCUACGGGAUAUCAGCAGCGGGAAUUUGUCAACAGGCUGAGGGGCAUGCUGGAUAAGGGAGGAGCUGUGAAGAACUUUGUGAAUGCACUGCAGCAACUUACAAAUCCUGAGAUGCUUUUUAGGGACUGGUGGGAUGGUGUGAAAAACGAAUUAGGCAAACCAAGCUUUACCAAGAAGCAGAUGAGCAGCAUGUACGAGGAGAUGCGCUCUUUUCUCGGAGAUCGUAACAUAGCUGGUCACGGAACGUUUCGCAAGAAGUUUAUCCAGAAAUUUUCAAAAGAUGUGGAGAAACUGCUGGGACCUAAUGGUAGCAAGCUGUUCGAGAAGAGGAAUGACAGAAAGUUUGUAGGGCAGGUGGAUGAGCUGGCAGGAUCCAUGCGGGGAUUCCAGAAGGAACCAGGGAAUCUGAAGGAAUACUCCCCCUGGCUGAGUGGAUUUAAAGCUGAUCCAUUCAGCAAUGAGCUCGAGAUCCCAGGACAGUACGAUGGCAGAUCUAAGCCUUUGCCAGAGUAUCAUGCCAAGAUUACUGGCUUUGAUGAGAGGGUAAAGGUGAUGACUUCUAUUCGCCGUCCCAAACGUCUGAUCAUUCGUGGGGAUGAUGAGCGGGACCACCCCUUUCUGGUAAAGGGUGGGGAGGACCUUCGCCAGGACCAGCGCAUCGAGCAGCUUUUUGCCGUCAUGAACAUUCUGCUGAGCCACGACACGUCCUGCACACAGCGAGGCUUGCAGCUGCGCACAUAUCAAGUCAUUCCCAUAAACACGAGAAUUGGUCUAAUUGAAUGGAUGGAAAACACCAGCACUCUGAAAGACUUCCUCUACAACUCAGUGACUAAGGAUGAGAAGGAAAGGAUUGUGAGGGGCACAGACCUCUACAACACAUGGCUCUCAACCUUUGGUGAAAAAUCGGAAGGUGGUAUUGUGCUAUAUAGCCGGGCAUACAAGAAAGCAAAGCGUGCUGAUACAAUCAACAGCUUCACGAAAGUCUUACAUCACGUGCCCAGUGAUCUGCUGAAGAGAGCUUUUCUAAAGCUGUGCAACAGUCCCGAUGCCUUUCUGUCCCUGCGCUCCCACUUCAUCAGCUCUCACGCUCUGCUGUGUGUCAGCCACUGGAUUCUGGGUAUUGGAGAUCGCCAUCUCUCCAACUUCAUGAUCAAUAUGGAAACGGGAGGCAUGAUUGGCAUUGACUUUGGUCAUGCAUUUGGCUCGGCCACACAGUUCCUCCCUGUGCCUGAGCUCAUGCCUUUCCGGCUGACCCAGCAGUUUGUGAAUCUAAUGCAACCCUUGAAGGAUUCUGGUUUGAUCCAGAGCAUCAUGGUUCACUCCCUGCGAGCCUACAGGGCCGAGCCAGACCUUCUGCUUAACACCAUGGAUGUGUUUGUCAAGGAACCCUCACUCGACUGGAAGAACUUUGAAUUGAAGCAACUGAAGAAAGGAGGCACAUGGACUGAGAGCGUAAACACCAAAGAAAUCAACUGGUAUCCCUUACAGAAGGUGAACUUUGCCAGACGAAAACUAGAAGGAGCAAAUCCAGCUGCUAUAACCAGUGAGGAGCUGAAGCUGGGCUUUGAGAAGGACUUUGCCUUCCCGGGGAUGCAGUCCGUGGCUUUGGGAACUGAGGAGCACAACGUUCGUGCUCAGCUUCCAGCUGCAGGCUUGUCAGUGGAGAAGCAGGUGGACUGCUUGCUUGAUCAAGCCAUGGACCCAAAUAUUCUUGGCAGAGUUUGGGCAGGCUGGGAACCAUGGAUCUGAUUCUCUUCCUCUGCGCAGUCAUUCUCAGUAGUUAGAAAGCAAGUGCCAUGUUCAGAAAGGGUUUUGGGAAAGGAUAUUUGAUAUAAUUGUGUGAUAAAUAUGUAAUGUGAUGUCAAAUAUCAUCUCUUUUGUAGUUGUACAGAAUCAUUUUAAUGAGCUGUGACGGUUUUUGCAUGACAGGAUCACAGCUUCAAGUAGAAUGAGUAAGUAAAAUCUAACAAAAGGAUGAAAUUUGGGAGUGAAAAUGCUGCAUGAUUACUGUUUGGUUUUGAAUUCGAAAUGAUUACAAACCCCGCAACUGUGCAGAGUUUAGAUACUCAAUUAUCAUACUCACAUUCUUUCUACUGACUUUUAGAAAUUAAAAUGUAUUAAAGAAAUGAAAAAUA